UCAGAAAAAAAGUAUAGUGUUCAGCUCUCUUGUUGAAACCUGUAUUAACUUGAACUGAGGAGAGAUAAAGUUACAGGAUCAGGAUGGUAAACAUUUGUAGCCGACUGUGGCACCUGCCACUAUUGUUGUGUCUCACAGGACUCCUGCAGUGGGAUCUGUGCAGCAGUCAGCGUCUGGUCCAGAUCCAAGAAGGUCCUCUGUACAGAGUGAAAGGAUAUCCAAUCUCAAUAUCCUGUAAUGUUACAGGGUUUAAAGGCCCAGCUAAGCAGGAUUUUCAAUUCAAAGUCAAGAAGUCAAAUGCGGAUAUAAAUAUGAUCAGUACUAGUGACCCACACUUUUCCUACAGCAUAUUCGCAGACAGGGUAAGAAUAAAAGAUAUUGAGAUUCAAAUGUUGUCAGGUUCUUCAGUUCUUUUGAGGAUCAAAAAUUUGCUGGAGGAGGAUGCUGGUGAUUUGAAAUGUGAGACCCCAAACACAGAUGGCUCAUAUUGGGGAAAUUAUGCUGCAGAAACCAAGCUUAAUGUGAUUGGGGACACCCUGGAGGCAUCGUACUCUGGAUCUCCCUCUCAGAGCUUGUCUGAAGGUGAUCCUCUUCAGCUUGAGUGCCAGGUCUCCAGCCAGACUUUUCAACACACUCAUCUGUCAGUCACCUGGUUUCUCCAUGGUGAAGAGGAUGAAAACCCCAGACAAAUCAUUACUCUGGACAAAGAUCUGACAGUAAAGCCAGGAGCUGGAUUUGAGGAUCGCUAUCAUGCUGGUCUUAUUAGCAUGGAUAAGGUGGAGGACACAACCUAUAGACUGAAGAUGCCUCAAGUGCAGCAGUCCGACCAGGGGACGUUCUACUGCAAAGCCACUGAAUGGAUCCAAGACCCAGACCGUUCCUGGACACAGAUUGCCUACAAAAACACCACAGCAUGCAAUGUAGAGGUUAAACUCUUGAUCCAAGAUGGCGCCUGUGUGUUUGGCUGGCCGUCUGCUGCUCUCUUGUUUAUUUGUAUGGUUGUUUGCCUGGCUUCCUAAUUGAUGCACACUCAUGGUAUAUGACCGACAGUCUCUCCUGGACAUUCAUUCCUCAUUUAUGGACAUUUGUCAGGCAGAUGUACAAGGCAAUUUUAGCCAAGCACAUCUUCAGGCUGGUUUCUCUCUGAACCUUUUCCCUGUGUCAUUUAAUGACCGCUUUGUUACAUGGCAACCCCUGCAACUUGGCUUAAAAAUAUUUUAUUUGUAUAUAAAUCUUAAUACAUGAUCCUCUCUAUUUUUCUAAAUUUCUGUACCCAUACACUCCAUCCAGAUGCUUAAGAUCCAGUGAUCAGAAUCUUAUUUUAGUCACAAAAUUCAGACUCAAACAUAGAAGGGAUCGAGUAUUCUCAGUGAUUGGGCCACAUCUGUGGAAUAUCCUACCUUUUUGAGAUUAGACUUGCCCCUUCGCUGUCCACUUUUAAAUCUGUCCUAAAAACAUAUCUGUUUUGUUUGGCUUACAAAUAAUUUUCGAUUUUUAUGUUUGCUUAGUUUUGUACAGCACUUUGCUCAACCAAGUGGCUGUUUUACACAUUCUAUAUAAAUAAAUUGAAAACUGAAACAAAUGGGUGAGAUUUAUAUUUUAUCAUUUAAACCAGAGGUUCUCAACUGAGUUUUAUUUCUGGAACCAGAUUUUUCCUCCAGUGUCUAAGACAAAGUUUAAUGCAUGAAAGUAACAAUAAUAUCCUUACAAUCAAAUAGAUAUUGUGGAUAUUUAUUCUCAUUUAUAAUUAUUUAAUAUCUCUUGAAUUUAAUUGUUUCAAGCUCUUUUUAGUCUAUUUACGAAAAUAUAUAUAUUUUUUUUUAUUGAACCAGUGUUAA